CGACCUGGAACUCCUGCUGUGCCUCGCUGCUGGACCCCUUCUGUAUGUGAGCCUCUCUUGUGUGAGUGCCCCGUUGAGACUGCGACGACGACGACAACCACGACGCCGUCCAAGUAAUCGCAUUCGGAAUUCAGAAUUCCAACUCCAUCCUGACACAUUUCGAGUCGGGUAAAACAAAGGAUUCAUUUCGCACCGAGGUCACUUAUCAUUCAAAAUGGGCAUUUUCGCUAAGCGCACAAAGUGCAAGACCAGGCGUCGCCUGAGAGAUGUCGAUCAGGUCCAGAAGGAUUUGACCAAUGCCAGGCACUUGGAGCUUUACAAGGAGACCAAGGCCGUUGAGGACCUGCCUGGUCUGGGUAGACACUACUGCGUUGAGUGCGCCAAGUGGUUCGAUAUGGAAUCGACUCUUGUCAAGCACACCAAGGGCAAGCCUCACAGGAGGAGGUUGAAGGAGCUUAAGGAAGGCCCCUACACCCACAAGGAGGCCGAUGCCGCCGUGGGCCUCUGGACGGACAAUGGUCGUCCGCGGACCGCGCACACCACCGAGAUUGACAUGAUGUGAAAACAGUUACUUCUUCAAACAUUGCAUGCAGGCCAGUUUCAACUCAUGGACGCUAAGGCGGUUUUCACAUUGCGUUGCUAUUUCUUACUUACUGCCCGAUUUAUUCCCCAUGGUCGAAGAAUGGGCAAAGGCGUUUGUUUGUUACCAAAAGGGCUAUAUGGGCGGCGUUUCAUCAAGUAGGGCUUUGUGGUUUAAAUGACUUUAUUCCCAUUUCACAGGCAGGGCUGUUGUAGCAUCCGGGGAGUGAAGACUUGUGUUGUUUUGAGGACGGUAUAACUCGAGGACUGUGUUAUCAGGAUCUUCGCCGUCCACCUAACCUAGAUGGCAACUCAAGAGACCAAAAGGUCUCCAAUGAGCCAGUUCUUAGUCAGGCAUCUAACAUGAGGGAAACGGUUCAGUGAUAUUGUUCGUUUUGCCCAUCACAUCGCCGAGCCGAGAGACAUGCCUGCGAAAAUUGAACGCGAUCUUCUA